GUACCUUGAGUUAAGUCCAGUACUUGAGUAAAUGUCCUCAGUUCCAGUCCACCACUAACUGAUUAAUUAACUGAAUGUGUAUCUGUUGUUUCCCUCCUGACCUCCAGGUGGUGACGUUCUUUCAUUUUAAACUUUUAAUCUGAAAAACCCUGACUGGGAGGAAACAGGAAGUCUGGUGUCUUCACUGUGAUGUGUGUCUGGCGGUGGGAUAGCUGUGUAGUUUGUUAUUAGUGAGUUUUAAGAAGACAGAGCUCCAGGUAAACCCGCACACACUCAGAAUCCAGAGUGAGUCCAGCAGCCCCAGUGGAGCUCUGCUGGAUUUCAGGACAAGAGAGGAAUGGAGGAGGACAACCAGAACCAGGAGCAGCGGAGCAACGAGGUCCCCAGAAGACAAGCAGCAGACUGGGACUCUGAUAGCAGCCAUGUUCAGAAACGGAGAGGAGGAGUGGGACCCAAAUGUCACCACUGUCAACACUGUGACAAAUCCUUCACAACAUCUGGAUAUUUAAAGAUUCAUCAGAGAGUUCACACUGGAGAGAAUCUACACAGCUGUGAUCAAUGUGGGGCAGCUUUCACACGACAGAGUUCCCUAAAAAACCAUCAACGCCUUCACACUGGACAGAAUCUUCACAGCUGUGAUCAAUGUGGUGUAGCUUUCACACAACAGUGUGACCUAAAAAGACAUCAACACAUUCACACUGGAGAGAAGCCGUACAGCUGUGAUCAGUGUGGGGCAGCUUUCACACGACAGAGUGACCUAAAAAAACAUCAAGGCAUUCACACUGGGGAGAAUCUUCACAGCUGUGAUCAAUGUGGGGCAGCUUUCACACACCAGAGUAACCUAAAAAUACAUCAACUCAUUCACACUGGAGAGAAGCCGUACAGCUGUGAUCAAUGUGGGAAAACUUUUUCUAAUAGUAGUAAACUUAAAACCCAUCAGCGCAUUCACACUGGAGAGAAGCCGUACAGCUGUGAUCAAUGUGGGAAAAUGUUUUCUAAGGGUGGUAACCUUAAAAAACACCAGCUCAUUCACACUGCCUCGUUGUGAAGAUGUUUCAGAGCCAAGCUGUUUCCUCCUGCUUCCUCCUCAUGCCCUGAUA